AUGCGACUAUUUGGGAAUGACACGAAAAUAGCUUCUGUACUUCUUUUUGAUGCUUUUGACAGAUGGUCGCAUUUGCGGAAUCCUGAUGAUUUUUCCGGCGAGAUCGAGCAAAAUUUGAUUGCUCUGAAACAUGGCAUGUCGAAGGUGGUGAAAACCAUCAGUCGCACUGCGUCUCACCUCUGGCUUUCAUCUGAGGAUCUAGAACGACUUUCACAUUUCCUUAUGGAUUUUGCUGCUGAUUUAUCUGGAGCUAAGAAUUUUCUACGUGAAGACUCAUAUGACAAAAGCAAAAAACUUUUGGAUCCAUUUCGUGAGCCCAUUUCAAAAGAAUCUUAUCAUGGAAAUCAGUUCCAGCUCAAUAAUGCGACUAAGGAAAGCUAUUUGGAGAGAUUCUCCGCUCACAUCAAAUUGGAACAAGCUCCAUGGCUAUAUGUUGAAAACUAUAGGGAGCUUGGAAAAGAACCAUCAUCAGAUACAUCCGCCGAGCAACUAAUCGAUUCUUGGGAGUGGCAAACUAAUAUACAUAAGUCACUUGAACGUUCAAUGCUAGAGCGUGAACAAAAUCCAGUGCGAUUAAUCGCUCACGUGGUGUCGACCGCCGAAAUUGCUAAAAUGAUCUUGGAAUCAUUGAAAACAGUGUGCUCUCAGGGUCAAAAUUUGGUACCGAUCACAACGUUUCAGUAUGAUCUUGUUGCACCGAUUUUGCAUUCCGUUCAUGCAAAAUUUAUUGAGAAGCUUGGGAUUGACGAAAUCGCUAUGUGGAGCUCUGUUUUUGGUGAUUAUGUUACUCUGUUUGGUGAUGAUGAGAUUUCUCGUCUGCACACUCAUCGCGAGUGGUGGGUAAAGUGUUGUAGAAGGAUGGGACUGCAUCCAUCGCUUCAGGUACCAUUCGAGGAAUCACACAGUGAUACACGACAUCAGUUAUCAGCUUUGCUUACACAAAUUGUUGUGGAGGCUUGCAAGUUUCCUGUGACAAAUAAACAUGGAUCUAAACAAAUGAUAGAUGCUUUCGCGAUACGCAAUGUUGCGAUUGAAGAAGAAUCCCGAAUAACGGAAGAAGCUCGUAUGUCUUUGUCCAGAAUGCUCGCCAUCAACACGAAACUGAUUCACUUGUUAGACAAGCAUCCAUUCAAAUUCAUCGUAUUUCCUACGCAUCAACUUCCGAUGACGGCCAAAGGGGAUGAGUUGCAGGCAGCGGCGAUUCCAGCUUGUCUCGAAAUAGUCUGCCUCUUUCGCUAG